AUGCAGUCCACUAUUGAACUCCAAGAUACAAACGUUGCUCGUCUCCGAGUCGCACCCAACGACCACCACGAUGAUUACCCGCAGAUUGCCGAAGCCCCGAUUCUCGCCGACAAUAAUGGCACGAACACGAGUGUCGCGUGGACGUUCCCCGAUGGUGGCCGGCAAGCAUGGAGCUGCGUAAUGGGCUCCUUUUUUCUCAUGUUUCCGUCUUUUGGAUUCCAAGUUGCUCUCGGCACAGUUCAAGAUUAUAUAGCCACCCACCAGCUGUCCGCAUACACUCUUAGUGAUGUUGGUUGGAUAUCAGCCAUAUUGGUCUUUCUGACCUUGUUUCUCGGUGUGCAAGUCGGCCCACUGUUUGACCGGUAUGGCCCAAGAUAUCUACUCAUCCUGGGAACUUCCGGCAGCUUCCUAUCCUAUAUCUUACUGGCACAAUGCACUGAAUACUGGCAUUUUAUACUCUGCUUAAGUAUCCUGGGCGGCUUUUCAUCGGCUAUUGUUACAACAGUCGCAAUUGCGGUGCUCAGUCAUUGGUUUCAUCGGCGGCGUGCACUGGCGAGUGGUAUCUGUAUGGGCGGUAGCAGUGCUGGAGGAGCCAUAAUCCCACUACUCCUGAGAUAUACAUUCCCCAACUAUGGGUGGGAAUGGUCAAUGCGCAUAAUUGCGUUCAUUUCCGCCGCGUGCUACCUUGCUGGGAUCAUGCUUGUUCGUGGCCGACUCCCAAUGGUGCGCAGCACGGCCGCUCCUAAAGCGGUGGUGGAUAUUCGAGCUUUUGCAUCUGCACGGUUGUCUUUUUUGGCUCUUGCAGUAUUUAGCUUCGAGUUCAUCAUCUUUGGAUGUGCUGCUCUUCUGCCGACGUAUAUUCGAUACUCUUCUACUGGCAGUUCUGGAAGCCCACUGCCCGCUGACAUGAAGUUCUAUGUACUCACCGUUUUGAACAGCACAUCCUUUUUAGGUCGCACUAUCCCUGGCUUCAUGGCCGACAUGGUGGGGUGUUUUAAUGUUUUGUUGCUCCUCGUUCUGGCCACACUCGUCACAAUGGCAGCAGUUUGGGUACCCGUUGGCUCACACUCUUCCGCAUCGGCCCUCUAUGCCAUCGUUGCUCUCUUUGGGUUUGGAUCUGGCGGCUGGAUAUCACUUGCUCCCGUCUGUGCCGGCCAAAUGUGCCGGACGGAUGAAUAUGGCCGGUUCUACGGAACCAUUUAUAUGGUUGGCGCAUUCGGGGUGCUGUUGACAAUUCCUAUAGGGGGGGAAUUGCUCCAGUAUGCCACGCCACAGGCCCUAAUAGGCUUCUACGCUGGAAUUUUGGUCCUAGGUCUGAUUGGGGUGAUGACCUCUAGGUGGGCGAUUUUAGAGUGGAAAUGGCAAUGGAAGGUAAAGGUUUAA